AUGUCGACUGCCUCAUUCCAACAGUUCAACCACGCCCCCGCGCCACCUUCCGGCUUGGACAUCCUCGCCGAAAGCUCGGAGUAUGCGUUCGGGAAAUCCCCCCGGAACCCGUCGCUCUCUGGGAAUAACGAGCACAAUGCCAAUGGCGCAUCAAGUUCUGGGGAUUUGUCGCGAAAGGAUUCCCUCGUGGAAGGUGUGAGUCGCAAAAGGCCGUCUAUGGAGUCUGCCUCGGGUCCUGUUCGGAGGAGGAUUAGCAGAGCGUGUGAUCAGUGUAAUCAGUUGAGGACGAAGUGUGAUGGGAAGAACCCGUGUGCGCAUUGCGUUGAAUUUGGCUUAACGUGCGAAUAUGCUCGAGCGCGCAAGAAACGUGGGAAAGCGUCUAAGAAGGAUCUUGCUGUAGCUGCGGCUGCGGCCACCGCGGGAGCUGCGAAUCCACCGUCUGAUCGUGAUAUGGAUACGGACAGAGUGAAUAAUGGUGUGGUGGCAAGGGAGCAGAAUUCUCAGGAUGGAUUUUCGUCGCGGGAGACUACGACGACGUUCGAUGCUGCUCGGAAUGCCAGCAUGCCGGCGCAAUCGCAUUUACCAACUUCGGAGAUACCAGGCAUGGUUGGGAUACAGAAUUCAAAUCAAGUGCAGCAAGGUACCCAGGCUCAGGCCCAGCAGUCACACUUGGGAGCUUCUGUGGAUGGGAUACAGGGUACAUUGAACGAUUCGAACCGGCCCAUGUCUGUUUCUGAUCUCAGACCGUUACAGAUGCUUCACCCAUCAAAUACGAACCCCCGCUCGCCAUCGACAAGCAUGCUGCCACCGAAUGGAUUCGGUUAUACAGAAACUGCAUACCCGCUGAUGAACUCACAAGAACCGAAUCAGUCGUCUCUCAAUCAUUUUCGUCUCGCUGGCUCUGCGGAAAACCCUUCGGCCCCAUUCAUGGGACUUUCUCCGUCGCCUGGCUGGCUACCUCUUCCUCCUCCAUCUCCAGCCACUUUCCCAUCAUUCAGCAUACACCCAUUCCCUAGCUCACUACGAUACCCCGUGCUACAACCAGUGCUACCUCAUAUCGCAUCUAUAAUACCUCAGUCACUGGCUUGCGACCUUAUGGAUGUCUAUUUCACCAGCUCUUCUUCCUCUCAUAUCUCGCCUCAGUCGCCAUAUGUGGUGGGAUAUGUCUUCCGGAAACAAUCAUUCCUCCACCCAACAAAACCACGAGUCUGUAGUCCCGCCCUGUUAGCUAGCAUGCUCUGGGUAGCUGCGCAGACGAGCGAUGCUGCUUUCCUGACAUCACCCCCGUCAGCACGAGGGAGGAUCUGUCAGAAGUUGCUUGAGCUUACCGUUGGCUUGCUACGGCCUUUAAUACACGGUCCCGCUGCGGGAGAGACGUCUCCCAAUUAUGCUGCCAACAUGGUCAUUAAUGGCGUCGCUCUAGGCGGUUUUGGCGUCUCUAUGGAUCAAUUAGGCGCACAGAGCAGCGCAACAGGAGCUGUGGAUGAUGUCGCGACCUAUGUGCAUCUAGCUACAGUUGUCUCUGCGAGUGAGUACAAAGCAGCUAGCAUGCGAUGGUGGACUGCAGCUUGGGCCUUGGCGCGAGAACUCAGACUCGGUCGUGAGUUACCACCCAAUGAUCUCAACUCACGACAAGACGGAGAGGGACAAGAUGGUCGUGAUAUGGCAGAAAAUGCUCAGCAGCAACCGCCUUUAGUCACGCCCAUGGGAAAUGGGGUCGACGUUACGGAAGAAGAGCGAGAAGAGCGCCGACGGAUUUGGUGGUUGUUAUAUGCAACAGAUCGCCAUUUGGCGCUUUGCUAUAACCGUCCUUUGACUCUACUCGACACGGAAUGUGCAAGGCUACUCCAGCCGAUGAACGAUGACCUCUGGCAGGCGGGAGACUUUACCAAUGCCGCUUACCGUACGCCAGGGCCGCCGUUGGAAUGCACUGGCCACAGCAUGUUCGGCUACUUCCUUCCCUUGAUGACCAUUCUAGGAGAGAUAGUCGACUUACAGCACGCAAGGAAUCAUCCCCGAUUUGGACCAACGUUCCGCAAUAGCAACGAAUGCAAUGCCCAGAUGCUGGAGAUCACCCGCCAGCUUGACGGGUACAACCGGAGCCUAAAGGAAUUCGAAGCGCGCUACACCAGCAACCUAGUCCUAGGGACAGAAUCCGAGCCCACGGCAGUUGACGGUACGCAUCUCGACCACGUCAGCCCAUCCGGCCGAUCAAGUAGCAGCGCCGUCGGAACGCGAGUUAGUGAGUCCAUAGUGCACACGAAGACAGUCGUCGCCUACGGCACGCACAUCAUGCAUGUCCUCCACAUUAUGCUUACAGGGAAAUGGGAUCCCAUCAAUUUACUAGACGAUAACGACCUCUGGAUCUCGUCCGAUUCAUUUAUCUCAGCCCUAGGCCAUGCAGUCAGCGGCGCAGAGGCAGUGGCGGAUAUCCUCGAAUAUGAUCCAGACCUGAGUUUCAUGCCGUUCUUCUUUGGAAUAUAUCUUCUGCAAGGUAGUUUCUUGUUGCUGUUGACGGCGGAUAAGCUACAGGGUGAUGCUAGUCCGAGUGUUGUACGGGCUUGUGAGAUUAUUGUCCGCGCGCAUGAGGCUUGUGUUGUGACGUUGAAUACGGAAUAUCAGAGAAAUUUCCGUAAGGUGAUGCGCUCGGCUCUCGCACAGGUUCGGGGACGAGUACCUGAGGACUUUGGUGAGCAGCAGCAACGAAGGCGGGAUGUCUUGUCGCUCUAUCGUUGGUCUGGGGAUGGCGGAGGACUUGCGUUGUGA